AAAAAUUUGUCGACGCACGUGCGCACGUGGCUACGAAUAUAUAUGGACCGAGGUCAAGAUUAUCAAGGAAAAGAUUAUCAAGGAAAAGUGACGAGACUAUGCCAGUUUUUCUGCAGGCAGUUUUCGGGUUGUGACCAUAGUCCCCUGCACGUUGAUCGCGCCAACGGACAUCACCCUAACUUUCAGGAUUUCUUUCAUUCCACCCCUGCAUCGCCAUGUGCGGUAUUUUAGGGCUACUGCUCCAUGAUGCAUCUGUUGAUGCGGCACCAGAAAUUUGUGAAGGUCUCUCUUUGCUGCAACACAGGGGACAGGAUGCAUGUGGCAUCGUGACUUGUGGCCCAAAGGGCCGAUUCUUUCAAUGCAAAGCCAAUGGUAUGGUUCGGGAUGUCUUUGAUGAAAAGGCCAUUUCCAAAUUGAUCGGAGGGAUGGGUGUUGGCCAUGUUCGUUAUCCAACUGCUGGGAGCUCGAACCAUGCCGAAGCACAACCGUUCUACGUUAAUUCACCCUAUGGUAUUGUAUUUGCACAUAAUGGGAACCUCAUAGACGGUCCUUCACUCUUGCAAUUUAUGGACGCCACCGCACAUAGACAUAUAAACACUUCGUCCGAUUCCGAACUUCUUCUUAACCUUUUCGCCAACAAUCUCCAGCAGACUGGAAAAUUCCGUAUUAACGAAGACGAUAUCUUCACUGCCAUAGGCGGUCUUAUGAAGCAGUGCACAGGAGCAUAUGCGUGCGUCGCAAUGCUUGCUGGCUUCGGGAUCAUUGCGUUCAGAGAUCCGAAUGGCAUACGACCCGUCGGAGUGGCUUCCAGAAGGAGCAACUCCGGAAGAGACUACCUCUUUGCAAGCGAGAGUAUUGUCGCUGAUGCUCUGGGUUUUGGCGAAUGGGAUGAUGUGAAGCCUGGCGAGGCGGUAAUCAUCACUCGGUCGGGAGUUUCAAGGAAACGUGUUGCAGAGCAUGCGACCUUCGCACCCGAUAUAUUUGAAUUCGUGUACUUCGCUCGCCCAGAUUCCGUGCUUGACGGCAUCAGCGUUUACCGCAGUCGAAUGGCCAUGGGCGAUGCGCUUGCGGUCGAAGUUGACAAGGUUUUAAAGGAACGCGGAAUCGCAGUGGAUGUCGUCAUUCCCGUUCCUGAUACAUCUCGCGUUGCAGCUUUGAAUCUUGCUCAGAAACUCAACUUACCCUACCGAGAGGGCUUCAUCAAGAACCGCUAUGUUGGCAGGACAUUCAUCAUGCCAGGUCAACAAAUGAGACGAAAGAAUGUCAGACGGAAACUGAACGCCAUGGCAUUGGAGUUUUCGGGGAAGAAUGUUCUCCUCGUUGAUGAUUCCAUUGUUCGUGGCACCACCUCAAAAGAGAUUAUCCAGAUGGCGAAAGACGUUGGCGCAAAGAAGGUCGUCGUCGCAAGCUGUGCGCCGCCCAUACGACAUUCGAAUGUCUAUGGUAUUGAUAUGCCUUCAAGGACAGAACUCGUUGCGUUCGGGCGCACUACCCCGGAGAUAGCUGAGGCCAUCGGCGCAGACCUUGUCGUGUUCCAAACUCUUCCCGACCUCAUCGCAUCUGUGCGACAACUUAACCCGUCAAUUCCUACUUUCGAUUGCUCGGUAUUCACAGGGGAAUAUGUCACUGGUGGUGUCAGUGAGGAGUAUUUACACCAAUUGGAAUCGCUGCGCGCGGACAACGUCAAGAACAAGUUUGCCAUCAACUCGCGGGAAGGCAAAAGUGAGGGGAACAGGAUCAAUGGAUUCCACGAUCGUGAGGACAUGGUAGCGUCUAGCGGUGCAAUGAAUCGCGCGGAUGACACAAUUGGAUUGCACAACACCUGGAAUGUCAGUUGAUAUCCAGUUGCUUUUCUUCUGUAGAUACUGAGUAGACAUCUAUCGUUAUCCCUUGUUUUAUAAUUUCGUCGUCGAGAAGUAACGCUACGUAGAGUAUGUCAGGGUUAGAGGGAUGUGUAUCUAUUAGAUACUAAUUUGAUAGAUCUAUAGUAGAAGUGUCCAGAAACUUUAGGAAAAAUUGCUCAGAAUCCUUGACAUCCUCCUGUAAUCAAUUUCUUUGAUAGCGUGUGAGCAAAAAAAUCAUUAAAAUCUAUUGAACUUACCAGAGGUAUCCGAGUCAUUCUGAAGAUU